GUCUUUUGUAAUAUCUGCCAAAAGUCAAAGUGAUACGUAGAAAAUAUUGCGGAAUACUUACGGUAUUUUUGUUAAUAAGAGUGACAUUAUUGUAAAUUUUUACUGGAAAAAUACAUUAGUGUAUAAGAUGCUGUUCCCUAUCACGGAAAAGAUCUAUUGCCUUGGAUAGAUGUUCGAAUUAUGAUUCCAUAAGAUCAUCCUCAAGGGCUAGUAUAAAUCAAAAUGUCUGACAAGGAUAAAAAAAAAGGAAAAGAAGACAAAGCGCAUGAUUCUGGAGCGUUCAUGAAGGAUUUCAUCGCUGGCGGAAUAUCGGCGGCAGUUUCCAAAACAGCUGUGGCUCCUAUAGAAAGAGUUAAACUAAUUUUACAAGUUCAACACGUGUCCAAACAAAUUGCAGCUGACAAACGGUAUAAAGGUAUUAUCGACGCUUUCAUUCGGAUACCUAAGGAACAAGGCAUAACGUCGUUCUGGCGAGGGAAUUUGGCAAACGUUAUCAGAUACUUCCCGACACAGGCGCUCAACUUCGCCUUUAAAGAUGUUUACAAGGGCAUAUUUCUUGAGGGGAUCGAUAAAAACACCCAAUUUUGGAGGUACUUCGCCGGUAACCUGGCUUCGGGAGGAGCGGCUGGAGCGACUUCGCUUUGUUUCGUGUAUCCAUUAGACUAUGCACGAACAAGAUUAGCUGCGGAUGUCGGUAAAGGCAAAGAUAAAGAGUUUAAUGGCUUGAUUGAUUGUUUAGUUAAGACAUUGAAGAUGGACGGCCCAAUCGGUCUCUACCGAGGGUUUAUAGUUUCUGUGCAAGGCAUCAUCAUUUAUCGCGCGACGUACUUUGGUUUUUUCGAUACGGCACGUGACAUGCUACCUGAUCCUAAAAACACGCCUUUACUGAUUACCUGGCUUAUUGCACAGACUGUGACAACGUUGGCGGGAAUCACGUCAUAUCCACUGGAUACUGUGCGAAGGCGUAUGAUGAUGCAAUCGGGACGGCCCGUUAAUGAACGUGUCUACAAGAAUACGCUACACUGUUGGGCGACCAUCCUUCGCACUGAAGGAAUCGGCGCUUUUUUCAAGGGCGCCUUGUCGAAUGUUCUGAGAGGCACGGGCGGUGCUUUUGUACUGGUUUUAUAUGAUGAAAUAAAGAAACUGCUGUAGGAUACCGCAUUCAGGAAUUUCAUAGUAAAGGAAUGAGUAGAUUUGUAAUUUUAAAUUUGUUUUCCUUAGUCUACUGUGGCUUGACGUUAUGGCAACAAAAAAUCUCGUAACCAGUGAUUAAGUCCUAUGGAUAUACUCUAGUGAUAGUAACCUAUUUUGCCCGAGUUAAGACCUACUUGUGUACCGAGGGGCCUUCCCGUGCCUACAUUUUUUUUUAUACUUGUGAGUACUGUGUAUAACUUUUAAGAAGGUGCACUAUAGAGUCUUUUUUUGUUGUUUCAUAAUUAUUUAAUACAUUUUUAUAAAUU